AUGGAUGCUUCGUGCGAUCGGCAUUGGCAGAGUUGCUGUGCCGGUUUCGGCACGACAAGUGGGGAAAGGGUAAAGCCGGACAAGAAGCAGCGCAGCAUCGUCCAGAGCCUGCCAGUCGCAGAGGUCUUGGAAUUUGUGCUUGAGCAGGUCUUCGAACGGGCAUGUUUGGAGCGACUUGUCCUCGAGUCCUUCUACGUUCAUCAGCGGAUCCAGCAGGAGAUCUCCAAGCAUGAAAUGAAAGCUUCAAGUCUUUCACCAUCUACAAAGCGGAACAUUGGAAAGCUCCUGUCUCGAAUGGACUGGUGUCGUUUGAUACAGUUCGUCAAGAAGAACUCAGGAUGUGACCCCGAUUUCCUCAACUUGGUUCAGACACGGAUGACGUGCCUUCGACCAGGAGAUUUCAGUGACAUGAACAACCUGGCGUAUGCACAGUCCGUGAAGGUGUUCUCCGUGCAAUCCAGCCAAGACCCGCAAGCUCCUUGGAGCAACAAGCCUCAAGAGGAGACUUCGGGAUCUGGCUGCGUCAUCCUCCAUGAAGGCAAAGAGUGCAUCCUUACGAACGCGCAUGUGGUCGCCGAUGCCACCUACGUCGAGGUUCGGAAGGCCGGCGAUGCAAUGAAGUACCCAGCACUGCGCGUGAAGACGUCGCACGAGUGCGACUUGGCUUUGCUGCGUCAGUGGCCCAGGGGAGAACAGCGAAGCGCAGCUCAGAUUGGUGCUCUCGCUCUGCGCAUCAUGAUUUUGGAGCUUUGCUUGGCCGCUGCUGGUGUCUGCACGUUGCAGAUGGCAUGGAAUUUCUUCUCCAGACCGAAGAUGUCGGUUGAGGGCAAGCACGUGCUCAUCACGGGGGGCUCUCAAGGGCUUGGGCUUGCCGUUGCCAAGCUUUGCUUCGCACGGGGCGCCAGGGUGACAAUCGUUGCGCGGACGAAAGCCAAGCUUGAGCAAGCGUGCGAGGAGGUUCGGAGCCAAGGAGCUGCUACAGGAGCAAAGAUUCAAUACUUGGAGAUGGACGUCUCCAGUAUGAAGUGCAGUACCUUCUCCGAGCUCAUGGGCCGCGCUGCAGAAAGCUUCGGGCGUGUGGAUGUGGUGGUGGCCAAUGCGGGGACAGGUGUUGCGAAGUUGCUUGUUGGGUCGGAGCUGACCCAGCUAGACGAGUUGAUGGAGGCACAGAUCUCGACAAAUCUCAUGGGCAGCCUGAGAUGCGCCAUUGCUGCGGGGCAAGUGAUGGCCAGCGAUGGCCAAGGUGGUCGAAUUUGCAUCGUGUCCUCGGCGGCUGGCUUGAUCUCCUUGCCAGGCUACUCCAUCUACUCUGCCACCAAAUUUGGACACCGAGGCUUCCUGGCGGGUGCCUACCACGAGCUGCGCCGACAUGGUGUCCAUCUCUCAGUCUACUAUCCAGGUA